AUGAAAGACACCUAUGGCGACAGAGUGGAGGAUAUACGCCUAAAAGAGUAUCCUCACAUGAAACAUGGGGUUUACUUAGAUCGUGCGGAUCCAAAGCAUUUCGACCUGGUCUUUGUUGCCAACGCAACAGCAGCCAUUAAGCUCGUGGCAGAGUCUUUCAGAGAUCUCGCUGAGAAGUCCCAAUCCGGGCGCUUCUGGUACGGAUACCAUAGAGAUGCACAUACUAGUCUAGUUGGCGUGAGAGAGUACACGCAUGGGCGACAUCACUGCUUCGGAAGUGACACAGAGGUCGAGAGGUGGCUACAAUCUCCCGGCACUGCUGGCAUAAAUCACUUCGGAGAGAGUGACCUUGCUCUAUUCGCGUAUCCAGGCCAGUCAAACAUGUGUGGGAGGAGGUUGCCACUGUCAUGGAAUGGCCACGUGAGACAUUCAGAGCAUCUACAGAACACAUACAUCCAAGAUACCCUGUUUGAUGCGGCUGCUUUGGCCAUGACAAGUCCCAUGAACAAGGUCUUUGGCAACGUUGAUGAAGCCCCUGACUUCACUUGCUUAUCGCUCUACAAGAUUUUUGGGUUUCCAGAUCUUGGUGCGUUGGUCAUUAGAAAAGAGUCGGGUCAUAUCUUAACACUGAGGAAAUACUUUGGUGGAGGGACUGUGACCAUGGUGGGCACGAUGGGCGGCCAGAGUUGGCAUCGGUCGAAAGGGCCACAGGUUCUUCCGUAUAGGCUUCAUGAUGGCCUCGAAGAUGGGACACUCCCUUUCCACAGCAUACUUGCGUUGGGUGAAGCCUUAACCGUCCACAGGAGGCUUUUCAAGUCUAUGGAAUUCAUCUCGAUACACACCUCGCGUCUGACUGCCCGCCUUUACAGUGGUCUUGCUCGGCUGCAACAUGUUAAUGGUCGCGCAGUCUGUCGUAUAUACUGCGGAAGUGCACAAGGCGUGAGCGACUCAGCCAAACAAGGCCCUGUCAUUGCUUUCAACGUCAAGACCGCCAAUGGUCAGUACGUACCGUAUACAGAGGUUGAGCGUUUAGCAAACAAUGCAGGAAUAUUCAUCAGGUCUGGUGGCGUGUGCAACCCAGGCGGCAUAUUCUCCGCUCUGGGCAUUGUUCGGGCAAGCGUUGGUGCAAUGACGACCACACGAGAGGUUGACACAUUUCUGGGUUUCAUGCAAGCGACCUUCAUUGAUCCUCCAGUGGAUCAGAUAGACUCCACGCGGACUACACUUUGCUCGUCAGGUAGCGACGAAGGAGCCAAUGAUGAGCCAUCUUCCGCGUCUUCGAAGUGGGCAGUUAGGAUAUAUUCGUUGCGAAAUUUAUUUCGACGAGAUAAGACGGCAGUCCGAUAA